GCGCUUGCCUCUUGGCAUGGCACUGGGUGCUCACCCAAGCCCCACCACUAGGGCUUUUGGGUUCACGGCAAGGGUGGCCCUGCAGGCUGAGAAACUGGACCACCAUGCUGAAUGGUUUAAUGUGUACAACAAGGUCUACAUCAUCCUGAGCACCCGUGAGUGUGCAGGCCUUUUAGAGAGGGACAUAGACGUGGCCAGCUUCAUUGAAAAAGUAGCAGUGUCCAUGACAUAGGCUAUCCUUCCUUUUUUAAUUCCUCAGGGGAGAUGGGUGGCCAAAUUGGGAAUUCAGAGACAGACCUGGGAGCCCUUGGUCCCAAGACCUUGCUGACUCACAAUUGCCAAGUCCACCCUGCUGCCUCUAUUUGGGGGUGAGUCCUUGCUGUAGAAAGGAGAGGACCCCUUCACUGACGUUGCCCUGUAUGCCACUCUCUUCAUCCUUGGGGCUCUGUUACAUGUACGCUAAUCUGAAUAGGCUCUUCCCUUUCCUUGCAACUUCCAGCAGUCAUGAUUUUCUUUCCCAGCUACACACUUUCUGAUUCAUUUCCCAAGAAGCUGUCGUAGAGGAGGACACCAAGUCUUAUUUUAGAAACCAGGACCCUAAA